CUUGAUGCGGCGGGAGAGGCUGAUGGCGAGAUUAAUUGGGCGUUCUCAAAACCGCGGCGGCGGGGGGAAAGCGAGCCAGGAGUGCUGCUGAGGGCUCACUCCUCGGCGGAGCCGGCUGGCGACGAGGGAGCCACGGCCGGGAGCUGGCAGAGCCAUGAGGGCCGCCGCUGUGGGGGCUCUGCUGGCCCUGCUGCCUCUCGCCUCCGCGCUGCAGAGCCCAGGUACCCGGCGGGGGGGCCGGACACCAGAGCCUGCCGAGCCCGCCCUGCGCCGCCUGUCCCACUCCCUGCUGGCCCACUACCAGAAGGGCACCCGGCCCGUACGGGACUGGCGAACGACCACCAACGUGGCCAUCGACCUCAUGGUCUACGCCAUCCUCAGCGUGGAUGAGAAGAACCAGGUGCUGACCACCUACGUCUGGUACAGGCAGCACUGGACGGACGAGUUCCUCCGGUGGGACCCGGAGCGGUUCGACAACCUGACGCAGAUCUCCCUCCCCGUGGAGAGCAUCUGGGUGCCCGACAUCCUCAUCAAUGAGUUCGUGGACGUCGGAAAGUCCCCCCACGUCCCCUACGUCUACGUUAGCCACCACGGGGAGGUGCAGAACCUCAAGCCCAUCCAGGUGAUGACGGCCUGCAGCCUGGACAUCUACAACUUCCCCUUCGACGUCCAGAACUGCUCGCUCACCUUCACCAGCUGGCUGCACCACAUCCGCGACAUCAACCUCUCGCUGUGGCGGCAGCCGGAGCUGGUCAAGUUCGACCGGAGCGUCUUCAUGAACCAGGGCGAGUGGGAGCUGCUCUACGUCCUCAGCCGCUUCCAGGAGUUCAGCGUCAAGAGCAGCGACAGCUACGCCGAGAUGAAGUUCUACGUAGUCAUCCGGAGACGCCCCCUCUUCUACACCGUCAGCCUGCUUCUCCCCAGCAUCUUCCUGAUGCUUAUGGACAUCGUGGGCUUCUACCUACCGCCCAACAGUGGCGAGAGGGUCUCUUUCAAGAUCACCCUUCUGCUGGGCUACUCGGUUUUCCUCAUCAUCGUAUCUGACACGCUCCCAGCUACUGCGGUUGGCACCCCCUUGAUAGGCAUCUACUUUGUGGUGUGCAUGGCGCUGCUCGUCAUCAGCCUGACGGAGACCAUCCUGAUCGUGCGCCUGGUGCACAAGCAAGACCUGCAGCCCCAUGUCCCUGAGUGGGUGAAGCGCCUGCUGCUGGAACGAGCCACCGUCCUGCUCUGCAUCCGGGACAGGAACAAAUUCAGCCAAAGCAGGACGCAGAGCUCAGACAUCUCCAGGCAGGCGGAGAACGACAGCACAGCCAGGCUGAACCAGUACGGCUGCGAGGACCCCCGGGAGUGUGAGACGGUGGGGGGCGCGGGGCCCACACUGGCCUCUGCCGGCCAGGCGGAGGGCUCCCUGCUGCUGCACGGCGUCCUGCGGGAGAUCACCGCCAUCCGCCAGUUCCUGGAGAAACGCGAGGAGUUUCGCGACGUUGCCCGCGAGUGGCUACAAGUGGGCUACGUGUUGGACGUCCUGCUCUUCCGGGCGUACCUGGUGGCCGUCCUGGCCUACACCGUCACGCUGGGCACCCUCUGGUCGGUAUGGCGGGACGCCUGAGCGGCGCCCGCCGUUGGGCGCGGGCGAGGUGGGGACCUCGGGCGCUGCCGUGCUCAGAGGCCGCUCCACGGCUCCGCGACCCACCGGUGGGUCCUCCACGGCUCUGCGACCCAGGCCGGGGCACCCACCACCGUCCCCCCGGCGCCGGGGCAGCGGCCCCCGAGCGGGGAGGGCUGAGGAGGGACCCCCGAGAACCGACGGCGCCGCGCUCCCCCCGCCCCGCCCCGCCGCGCCCGGCCGCCGCUUCAGCACCGCGGACAGCGCCGCGCCGCCCGGGGGUCCCGCCGCCCCCGGGGGGUCCCCGCCGCCCCCGCCCCUCGCCCCGGCUGCCCCGGGGGAGCCCCAGCGGCCCAGCACGAAGCCCCCGGGACCACACGCCCGUGGCCCCUUCUCCGUCGCUCCCCCGCAAGCCAUUUGCUCAUCGGGCUCCGCGCGUGUCUCUGUUUCCCCCACCC